AACGAAGUGAAUCCUACAUAUAGUGAUUAUAUUAUCGCUCUAUCAAAUUGUAAUUAAUUGAAUUUACUAUAGUUUAAAGAAAUAAUAUGUCCAAAAGAUCAAAAAGAUUAGCUGAGAAGAGUCACAGGGUAUUUCAUAUGCCAACUCGUGACGAAGUUUGGGACAAGAUAGAUGAAAUGAAUGAGAAUGUAUCCUCAUCUUCCUCCUACUCUCAUUUGAAACCCAACAAUGGUAUUUCUGAUUUUAUCAAAGAGAGAAACCGAUAUAAUCAUGACCCCAAUUUGGCUCCAGAUAGCCCAAGCGACGAUGAAAUACUUGAGGAAACCUAUUCUGACGAAAGAAAGAUUCCGAAGAAAAAAAAGAAAAGACUUGUGGAAGUAUCUGAAGGAUCGAGUACCGAGGAGGAAAUCAUAAUCUCUCAAAAAAAAAAGCACCUUCCAAAAAUUGCUUCGGAUGAUAGCGAUUCGCUUACUGAACCCUUAUUAAGUGAUGACUAUAAGGAACCAAAACAUCAAUUAUUAUUCCAAGGAGAUACACUAGAAAGCUCAUCUUCAAAUGACUUCGAUACUAUCCCAACUGCAGGGAAGAGAAUUACAACACAAGUUUUCAUAGACUCAGAAGAAGAGCCAACAGAACAUUCAAUAAAUCGAGGAAGGCGUUUAAAAAUAAUGCAAAGUAGAAGAGAAAAGAAGCAGGAGAAAUUUAAAGACUUUAAAAGAGAACGUCAAAGAACAUUAAAUAAGAAAACUCUAAAAGAAAUGGAAUUAACUGAUGAAUCCGAUUCAAGGGGAAAUAUGAUAAAUUUAUUGUAUGAUAUUCGACAAGGUAAGCGUAGACCACAAGAACUCUGCCGAGCUGAGAGAACAAGGCGGCUUUUCUCGUUGGAUUUAGACAAGAAUACAGAUUUUGCGGCUGCUCAUAACUCAGGAAUAAACACUUUAGACUUAGAUGUCGAUGAACAGCGAUACCUUCUAUCUGGUUCAAAUGAUGGUAAAAUAGCUGUGUUUGAUACAAGGAGAGAAAAGCCGGACGAUGAAGAUGCCACCUAUAAAAGUUUAUUUACAAUUAACAAGUCGAAUAACAAAAAACAUCAUAAAUUUAGUGUCACAACCGUUAAAUGGUAUCCAUUCGAUAAUGGAAUGUUUUUAUCGUGUAGCUCCGAUACAUAUCUGAAAAUCUGGGAUUCCAAUAAAUUAAAAGUUGCUGAUGAAUUUCAAUUUCCCGGUCCAGUAUACAAAAUAGCUUUAUCAUCUCAUGCUAAGCAACAUUCAUUAAUUGCCGUAGGAUCAUCAACUCACUCGGUUAGACUGAUAGAUAUGAGAUCUGGUAGUGCAAGUCAUAAAUUACAGGGUCACACAGAACUUGUAUCUGCUCUCAACUGGUCAAAAACUGAUGAAUUUAUAUUAGCCAGUGGAUCUGAUGAUAAUAGAAUAUUUAUUUGGGAUAUUCGAAGAGCAAAGAGUUGUAUUUGCAGCUUAGAUCAACAUGAUACGGACAUUGGCACAGAUUAUUAUACUUCCCACAAAUCUCAUACAGCUCAUGGUGGUGCAAUUAGCUGUGUUGAAUUCUCAGAUGACGGAUUGUAUUUGUCCAGUUUUGGCGUCGAUAAUAGACUGAGAUUAUGGUCGGCAAUGACUGGAAAAAAUUUAAUGAUCAAUUAUGGUACUGUCAACUCAAAUCCACAAGUUGAAAUGUCUAUUACUUCUCGAUGCAAUCCAAAUCUAAUAUUCGUUCCGUCGGAUAAUAAAAUACAAGUUUUCAACUUAAUAACAGGGCAGCGUGUUAAUACUUUAAAAGGACACUUUAACUGUGUUAAUUGUACUUAUCUGAAUGACGAUACAUUAGAAUUAUAUAGUGGAGGAAAUGAUAGAAAUAUUAUCUGCUGGAGUGAUAGAAAAUUUGAAAAAGACAAGCGUAAAGAGAAAAAUCCAAAAAAUUUCUUUUCCAGAUCAGGAGUAAACGACGAUUGGGAUAGUGAUAAUGAUUAA